CAUGGCCCUGACGGCCGAAACCGAGUCCCGUCUGUACCGCUCGCUGCGCGUGGCCUCCGGCGCCGCCGCGCACCUUGUGGCACUGGGAUUCCCCGCCGCCGUGGCCGUGCUGGCGCGGCCCGGAUCCAGUGAGUGCCGGCGGGGCCGGGGCCCGGGGCGCGGGGAGGGCCGGAUGUCUCAGCUCACCUCACCCUGCGCUUCCCUUCCAGGUCUCUUCUCCUGGCACCCGCUGCUCAUGGCCCUCGCGUUCUCGUUCCUGAUGACGGAAGCGCUGCUGAUCUUCUCCCCGGAGACCUCGCUGCUGCGCUCCUUCUCCCGCAAGGUGCGAGUGCGGGUGCACUGGGCCCUGCAGCUGCUCGCCCUGCUCUGCGCGCUCCUGGGGCUGGCAAUCAUUACCUACAACAAGCACCUGAACGGCAAGGGCCACUUUGUGACCUGGCACGGGCUGACGGGGCUGCUGGCCGUGCUGUACGCCGGCGGGCAGUGCGCCGGGGGUGUGCUCCUGCUCUACCCCAAGCUGAUGAAGAACUGGACUCUGGCCAAGCUGAAGCUGUACCACGCAACCUCAGGGCUGGUGGGCUACCUGCUGGGCUGUGCCAGCCUGAUGCUGGGCAUGUGCUCCCUCUGGUUCACCACCACGGUGACCGGUGCCUUGUGGUACCUCGCCAUGCUGUGUCCCCUCGUCACCAGCCUGGUUAUCAUGAACCAGGUGAGCAAUGCGUACCUGUACCGCAAGCGCAGCCAGCACUGAGGGCUUGGUGCUGACCUGAACUUCCCAAAGCGAGCUGGGCCUCCCUUUGGAGAGAGCUGGCAGCCCCCCUGCUCGCACAGGGUCUCCUUGGAACUUGGUUUCUACCUACUCGUCUUUCCUUAGUCCUGGAUUGUCCGUAGUGUCUUGUCCCUGGGGAGCAGCUGCUCCAGAUGUGUGUGACACCUCACCCCUGCCUCGGCGGGGAUGUUCCCUGGCACAGGUAAAGCUGCCAGUCCCUGUGGCAGCUUGGUGCUCAGUGCUGGGAAAUGGAGGGCUCACUCAGGAUUCCUGCUUCUUUUCCCUUCCCAUGCAGGGCUGCUUUGGAGCAGGCAAGGCAGGAGCCAUCCUGGUGAGGAGGGCAGGGAGUCCCUUCUCUCCCAGGGGCUGCAGCAGGCACCACGCUGCCUCUCCUGCCACGGGGGCAGCUUGACAGGAAAGCACAGGGCACGGUUGUGGCUUCAGCCUGGCAGGGCUGGGGCAGGGUGGUGGCACCCGAGCAACGGUACAGCAGCAGGUGUGUCCCCAUGGCACGGGCAGUUCCUGGGACCAGAGCAGGCAGCUCUGCCCCAAGGGCCUGGGUCUGGACACCCACUGCCAUGCACAAACCCCUCCUCCGUGGGCUGGGCUCUGCCUGCCGGGGUGGGGUCAGUUUACAGAGCAGAUUACUGAGCCGGGCUGUGAACUUACAGCCAGCAAGGCAUAGGGAACAGUGUGAGCACGGGGGGAGGCACAGACCUGGGCAAUGAACCCUUGGGAAGGUAGGAAGAAACCUCCUUGCUGGCACAGCAGCCUUCCUUCCACGCAUCCUGCUCCUGGCAGGGCUGGAGAGCUGGGAGCAGCUCCCAGGCUGAUAAAUUCCUCUGUAUCCAGAGCUUUUAUUCAAUAAAAAUUUCAGGCAGCUAGA